CCCCUAACUCAGACCCAGCCCCACCUGGCUCCCUCAGGCCAGCAACGCCGGUGGUUGUAGUGGGAUUUAACUCCUUCUGCAGCGCAUGCGCCGAAACCACAGACACAAACAAGGAGGGGGUGGGGGAAGGAGGAAGGAGCUUAAGACACUCCAGGAGAGUAGCGCGCACCCUCCCAUUUUGGGCUCGCGCUGCUGCCGUUAAGGCGGGAACCGGCGCGAUCACUAUUCCAGCGCGAGCCUCACCAACCACCGUGCGCGCGGAUCCAGAGGCUCGCGCUGGCGGCCUGAGCGAGCUCGCGCCGAGCCCGGACACUGCGCCUGCGCCGCGGCAGAGACUCGUCUCUACCGGGUCCGCUCCCCUCCGGCACCCCAGCAACGCCGACUCCUCACCCCUUUGAGCCGCUUGACCAGGGCACUCUUCUGCCCGCUCUUGGCUAGGCCUCGCUGCUCCAGUGCGGCCUUCAGGUCGGUCACCCGCAGCGCCUGAAGAGGCUUCCCGUCCAGAGUCACCUCCUCCAGCUCCGCCAUCUUGCGUGAGGUACUCGGGUCCGUCCCGACGGCUUCGGGCAUCUUCGGUAAUUUCCGCCAACGCCCUUCGAACGUACCGAGCUGACCCCGCCCACUGCCAUAGUCUACCCCUCGAUUACCACUCAGAACUCCCCGGGUUCCUCCGGAACUGCUCGGGUGUUUCCGUCUCCACAUCGGCACCAAUCGCUGCUUUCUAUCCGCCCUGCAAUUUCCCCUCGUUCGUCCUGCUUUCAGGUUCGGUUGUCUUCGUCCUGCCGAGGCUUUGAAUCGAAUCUGUUCGGAAGCCCUCGACUCUGGUGUAUCCAUACUCGGAGAUAUUCGUUUAUCUCCGGCCCUGGAGCUGAGGCGCUGGGGUGCUUGGGUGUUUGGGGCGGGGCCAGGGCCGGAAGUGCGUGGGCUGCUCGGCUUGCCCUGCUUGGGGUUUUCAGGAAAGUUGGAAGCGGCGGCGAUAGUUGGAACCUAAAGUCUCGUUGUGGCCGUCUCCUGGUACCCUCUGAGAGAAGAGGGGAGGAUGCCACUGGAAUCAUCUUCCUCUUCGAUGCCUCUAUCCUUCCCUUCUCUCCUACCCUCAGUACCAGACAACAUUACCAACUCUUCCCCUCCCUCAAUGUCUUACAUCACUUCCCAAGAGAUGAAAUGUAUUCUUCAUUGGUUUGCCAGUUGGUCAGGUCCCCAGCGUGAACGUUUCCUAGAGGACCUGGUAAAUAAGGCAGUGCCGGGAAAAUUACAGCCACUGCUGGAUAGUCUGGAGCAGCUUAGUGUGUCUGGAGCAAAUCGACCACCUUGUAUCUUUGAGUGCCAGCUACGUCUUUGGGAUCAGUGGUUUCGAGGCUGGGCUGAGCAGGAGCGCAAUGAAUUUGUCAGACAGCUGGAGUUCAGUGAGCCAGACUUUGUGGCAAAGUUUUACCAAGCAGUGGCUGCUACAGCUGGUAAGGACUGAUAGGCAUUUGGACUAAAGAAGAUAACCACAGCUGAUGGAGUCAAAGCCAAGGCUGACUCUGCAGUGAGAACGCAAUUCAGAUGUAUCAUCUAAAGUUCUGGAGGCGGUAUCCCGAUCAGCUGACUGAACUCACUGACCAGCACAGGCAUGGUUAUUUCUACAUUAACAGCAUGUCAACUGGACUUCUUGUGUAAAUGUUAUCCAUCUAAGCAAUCCAGAUCAUCGCUCUGUCUUCUAGUUUGCAUCUGUCCAAGAGAUGUCAAACCCUCAAGAAUUUGAGCCAGACGCAGUUGCUCAUGCUUGCAAUCCUAGCACUCUGGGAGGCAGAGGCAAGAAGAUUGCCUGAGCCCAUGGGUUUGAGACC